ACUGCGGGCUAUAAAUGGGGCUCCGGCAGCCCAGGGACACAAUCAUCCUCGAAAGGGACUCUGGAGAGACAGAGCGACAGAGAGAGAGACUCGCCCGCCCGCCUGCCUCCAAGAUGCCAAGCCUCUGCUGCGCCUCCAACUUGCGCCAAACCAUCCCCAGGACAGGUUCCUGGAUUCUGAUGGCUUUCCUUUUCACAACAUUACCCAGUUUAUUUGUGGCUUACCACAGCCCUGCUCAUGCGAGACGACUCAACUCCUCAGAAAGAGUAACCAAUUUAACCCACUGCCUGACUAUUUCCUCCAGUUUGAUGGUGGCAGCAGAGAAUGCUCUUCAUCAGUUCCAGAACGAAUCUAAGUGUUCUCUUGACUACAAUAUCGUCGAAGACCCUAAGAAUGAAGAGAAGAUCUUGAAGGCCUGCAUGUAUGAAUCCUGUCCCUCUGCAGCAAAUGAGGUGGUUAAUCAGACUUUAUGUGUGAAGACUGUCUAUCAAAUUCUGGAGAGCUAUGUGAUGAAAAUGAAGAAUUAUAUUUCUCCAGAUCUUUUGGAUACUGGCAACAGUAUGUUGAAGGCUUUAAAUAUCAACUCGAAGAUGAAAGGACAAAUACUGCCUUCCCGGCAGCACCUGUUAAAUGAAAGAUUUGAUGUGCCGAUGACGCAGUGUGAAAUGUUCUUAGUUUUUCAACAGCUCACUCAGACAAUUGACCGAAUCUUGCAUUACCGUAAAGAAAUGGAAAUUAAGUAUCGUGCUUCAAAUGGUUUAGAAAUGUGA